UAAAGUGACCGAUUUUAAACGGGAAUUUGUUUUCUUUUUCAUGUUUAUUAUACAAGGACAGCAAAAUGAAUUAUACAAAUAUGUUUCUGGUAUUAGUUUUAACAUUUUGUGUGUUAUGGAUGUUCAGUUCAUCCCUGUGUCUAGUGUUUGGAUUAUUUGUAAGUUUAAGUGUUGAUAUACAUGCAAUAUGGAGAAAUGUAUUGGUCCUUUAUUUCUGUAAGAUGAGACGGAGAUAUCAUCCGAAGAAAAUAACUGAUCUCAAUAUAUUCAAAGUAAUAUGUUUACCAACCGAUGUAGACACCGACCUACAACUUACGAGUGGACGUCUUCUCAGAGAAUGUGGAUUUGGUCAAAGAGAAUUCUGGGUAGAGAAUUUCGUUGAAGAUGUCGUGGAACGUUUAAAUGGGAAGAUGAAAGUUGAAGCAUAUCAUCUGUCAUAUGAUACUCCUAUUGAAAUGUUUGAAACAUUCAAAAUAAUAGCUGUGGUAUAA